UAUGAAUUAAGAUAUUUAGACAUAGGAAUAAUUGAUAGAGUACUUAAGUUAAAUAGAUCAAUAACAUUUAAUUACGUAUAUAAACAACUAUACUCAACAACAGGUAACAGAAUUCAUAGAUCAAAUAAAUUAACUUAACAAGAAUUAUCCAGGAGGAAUAAAAGAGUAUGCAAAUAGAGCAAGAAAAGUAUGAAUUGAAAUAAAUUAUAUUAAAGUUAUUACUUGAUGCAUCCGAAGAUGUAAAUCCAUUUGCUGAAUAUACAGCUCAUGUACCAUAAGGAUAGAAUGUUGAUAUAUAUUCAGAUGAAUAUUUAAGAUUAGAAUAAUUAGGAGUAGAGGAAAUAAAAGACACAUGUUUUGUAUUGGUAGCAGGUGGUUUAGGUGAAAGAUUAGGUUAUGAUGGAAUAAAAGUAGGUUUACCAAUAGAUUUGGUUACAAAUACUACUUAUUUAGAAUAUUAUUGUUAAUUUAUAUUGAAUUUAUAAAGAAAACAUGGAAAUAAGUAAUUACCAUUUGCAAUAAUGACAUCUGAUGAUACUCAUAAAUUAACAUUAUAAUUAUUAGAGAAUAAUUUAUAUUUUGGAUUAUAAAAAGAACAAGUUAAUUUAAUUAAAUAAGAGAAAGUACCAGCAAUGUUAGAUAAUUUAGCUCAUUUUGCAUAAAUACCAGGAAAGUUAUUAAUAGAUACUAAACCACAUGGUCAUGGUGAUAUUCAUACAUUAUUAUAUAUGUCUGGAUUAGCUUAAAAAUGGAAGAAUGAAGGAAGAAAAUGGUUAUUUAUAUUUUAAGAUACAAAUGCACAAGCAUUUAGAGCAUUACCAGUAGUAUUAGGUGUAAGUAAAGAAAAUUAAUUUGAAUUAAAUUCUGUUGUUGUAAGUCGUAAACCAGGAGAAGCUGUAGGUGCUAUUUGUUAUUUAGUUGAUAAAAAUAAUAAGGGUUUAACAUUAAAUGUUGAAUAUAAUUAAUUAGAUCCAUUAGUCAAAGCUUAAGGAGGUGAACCUGUAGAUGAAUAAGGAUAUUCUAAAUAUCCAGGUAAUAUUAAUUGUCUAUUAUUUUCAUUAAAUGAAUAUGAAACUGUACUUUAAGAAACUAAAGGAUUAAUUGCUGAAUUCAUUAAUCCUAAAUAUGCAGAUGCUACUAAAACUAAAUUCAAAUCAUCAUCUAGAUUAGAAUGUAUGAUGUAAGAUUAUCCUAAAUUACUUGGACCAUAAAAUAAAGUUGGAUUUACUGCUUUAAAUAGAAGAUUCUGUUUCUCAGCUUGCAAAAAUGAUCUUAAUACUGCUUUAGCUAAAUAAAAAACUAAUUUACCAUUAGAAUGUGCAGCAUCAUCUGAAAAUGAUUUCUAUUGGUUAAAUGCAGAGUUAUUAAGAAUGGCUGGUGUAACUAUUCCAGAUUCAAUUUCAGAUGAAGUUAACUAUAAUGGAUUAGAAUUCAAAUUUGGACCUAAAAUUGUAUUACAUCCAUCUUUUGGUGUUACACUCUCUGAAAUCAAAUCUAGAAUUAAAGGAAGUAAAUAUAUUUAUUAAUUCAUUAUUUUUUAGAAGUUUAAAUUUCAUCAAAUUCAACUGUUAUAUUAGGUGGAUAAGCAGAAUUACAUUCAGUUAAUAUUGAUGGUUAUGCUUAAUUAUUUGGAAAUGGUAAUUAAUUAAAAUUAUUUUUAUUUUUUUAGGUUAAUUUAAUGUAGAUAUUAAAGAUCUUAAUUCACCCAAAUUAGUAUCAUUAGAAUAAUAAGAUGGUAUACCAGGAUAUUUAAAAAUAAGAGGGUAUAGAUUAUAAAAAUGAGUUAUUAUUUUACAAAAUUACAAAUUGCAAAUUAU